AUGUCGUUCUUUGGCUUCGAUACCUCCCUACCUAGGGAUCGCCAAACGGGCCAACAGUCCCGAGGCAUCUUUGAAAAUCCAGACCCAUUCGCCGAAGUCGCUCGCGCGCAGGCGCAGGGCCUGCAUGAAGGAGACGAUGAUGCAAUUGACUUCGAGGAUACCUACGAUGGACUCGGUGACCAGCUUGACGACGACCAAGAUGAGUUCAACGAUGAUACCUUUGGUGGCGGUGAUACCAGCAAGGACUUUGACUUCUUUGGCAAGACCGCCCAGGUCUCAGAUGUCAUCAAUGAAGAGCAAGUCCGCUACACGCUUCAGCAUCCCAAAGCUGCAGAGCCUCUGUCUUCUGCGUCUGCUCAGCAUCAAGCUCCGGCCACAGCGACGGCACCAACCGUUCCUCGACUGCCGAAGAAGACUGGCUAUGAAAAGUAUCAAGGCUCCGAUUUAAUUCCUGAGAUUGCAGCCAAGUCGAGCGUAUGGGGAACCAAGCCGCAAAGGAAAUCGGCAGCCGAGACGGCCCCGGCUGCAGCCAUGCCCAUGUCUAUGCCCGCUCCUUCGCCUGUGCCUGUGCCUGCAUCCGCUCGGAAAAUGAUGAGUCUGGAAGAAGUUGAGGCCCAAAUGCGGUACCACCCACAGUCCUCUCUUCAUCAAAGCAUUCCCAUUGCUCCAAACCUCGAACUACCCCCCGGAAUACCACAUGGCCAGAAAAUAUCACCUUUCCCCGAUGGCUUCCCUCCCCUGCCACCAGCCGAUUUGAUGGCCCUAGAACAACAGGCCUUGGCUAUGGGGAUCCCUCCAGCUCAAUUAUUGCAGCAAAUCUUUCAGCACCCACCUCCCGGACCACCUCCGCCGCCUAUGCAGCCAUUACACAGGCAGCCACCGCCUCUGCCUCAGCAACAGCGCCAGCCUAAUAUUCCCCAGGCUCACCGGCCUCAGCAACCGCAGCAGCCCCAGCAGAUACCUGUGUCCUCUCAGGGCGGCGCCCCAGUGAUUACUGAUCCGCAGCAGUUGAUGAACCUCUCCGAGGAUGAACGUGUGACGUACUUGAUGGAAGACGCGAAACGUGCGAAGCGAAAUCACAAGAUUUUCAUUCUCUCCCGUGGCAAUGGUCUAAUGUCACCGCAAGACAAGAACUUCAUCACUCGGAUCCAGCUGCAGCAACUUGUCGCCGCCACUGGAAACGUGAAUGACGACCCAGAGUCACUCUUGUCUGAAGAUUUCUAUUAUCAAGUCUACAGCCAAAUACGUGGCGCCCCUCGCCAACAUCCUCGCCAACCGCUAGGCCAUUUCGCUCAGACAUAUCUCUUCCAAACCGGCAACCGCACAGGUGGCCAUGGUCGAAGACAGUACCAGAAUGCGGAUAACCACAUGCAGCGCAUGCAGCAGCAGGUGCAACGCGCUGUUGAGGCGGCCAAGGCAAAGCCGAAGAACAAGCAACUCAUCAUCGAAGGAAGCCUCGGAAAGAUUUCCUUCAGCAACGCCAAGACACCGAAACCGUUACUGAAUAUAAAGAAGCCCGAGGGCUCAGAAGGCCCCAAGCCUAAACGAGCAACGGCCGAUCUUAGCGCUAGCGAUAGAAAAUCAAUCUUGAACAACAUUGAAAGUGUCUAUAACAUCUUGAUGCAGAUGGAGGAUAUUGAGCGGACGAUGCCUCCGCCGCCGGAGGAAGGCGACCCCGAGUCGAUUGAAAAUCACAUGGAGUGGAGGCAGAAGAUGCAAAGUCUAAACCAGGAGCUCUGGCAAGACAUGAAGGUUCUGGAGCCUAUUGUGCCGGGAUCUUCGGUGCCACACCCGUUUAUAGCUUUCUUGUCAUACUCCAAGGGCAAGAAGGCCAUUCCUCGUCUUUUCCGCCAGAUUGAUCAAGAACAACGGGUCACCGUCCUGACCAUGAUAGUUGUUAACCUGGACUCCCUGGAUGUAGUCCGCAAAGGCCAAUUACUCUCUGGAGAAACACAACUCCCAACGGCAGCUCGCGAAGACAUUGAGCUAUUUUCCCAAACUGUCAUGCCGAGCUUGCUUGGCUAUGUUAACGAAGCCCCAUUCAACAUCAUUAUCGGCCUUUUAGGUCUGGUACUCGCGCAAACUCACGUUCUCUUCGUGGCUAAAAGCAGAGUCGGUCUGGGUAUCAUGACAAUGCUGCUCAGUCGAGCAGAAAUCGUCAAAGAGGCGGGCCAGGCCGAAGAGCAUGACUGGGAACAAUGGAUAGAAAAGUUCAACCAGCUAUUCGAUUCUUUGGAACCUGGACUGGCCGACAUCUUCCCCGGUUCUAUCAACACUGGAGACGACGUGUAUGUUUGGCAGUUUUUGGCAGCAGUUGGCAUUGGCGCCAGCCCAGAGCAACAGCAACGGCUGGUGAUAGCUGUAAAGGACCGUGUUAUGGAAACUGUGGCCCAGAGCAAGACUCUUCCGGCUGACAUGGCAAGUCAACGACUAAGCAAUGUCAACCUUUUCAUGCGGGCUAUCGGUCUCGACGUUGAACUUCUUGGUUGA